AUGGGGGGAAGAAGCUGCAGCUACAGUCCUAGUCCACACAGAGGUUACAGCAAGAGAUGUCGUAGCCCUAGCCCGAGGGGUCGCUAUGGUGGUCGUCUGAGUGAUCCCCCUACUAGUCUCUUGGUUCGCAACCUUUGCCGUGAUUGCAGGCCUGAAGAUCUUCGAGGGCCGUUUGGCGAGUUUGGUCCCAUUAAGGAUAUUUAUUUGCCACGAGAUUAUUACACUGGGGAGCCACGUGGCUUUGGUUUUGUGCAGUACUUGGACCCUGCUGAUGCUGCAGAUGCCAAAUAUGAGAUGGAUGGCCAGGUUCUACUUGGGCGGGAGAUCACUGUUGUGUUUGCCGAGGAAAACAGGAAGAAGCCUUCAGAGAUGAGAGCGAGAGAGCAUUCGAGGGGUCGGGGAAGUUCCCAGCUCUCGUAUUCUCGAUCUCCACGGUAUAGGCGGUCCUAUUCUCGAUCACCGCGGUAUGCUCGGACUUAUUCUCGAAGCCCUGACUACUAUUCGCCGCCUCCCAGGAGAAGAUAUUACUCAAGAGAGAGGUCUUGCUCAAGAUCUCCUUAUGGCUCUAGGAGCAGAAGCCCAGUAAGGAGUAGGAGCAGGAGCAGGAGCAGGAGCUGGAGUAGAAGCUGUAGCUUCGAUGAUGGCUAUUAUUACUCUAGAUAAUAAGCUCUCUCUAGCGGUAUUGCUGUGUUAUCCUUGUACUGCGACUGUAGUCUUUUUACUGAACUCUUUGGGUUUUGGACUUGUGGAGCACCUUGUGAUAUUGCCGAUAGUUGGAGAUCAGACUCCAUUAGUUCAGUAACUGAGCCUGGCUUGGUUGUGCGUGACUGACUUUUCUUCAUUGUAAAUUUCCGUGCUCGUAUAUUGUCCUGUUUGUUGAAGAUUCUCUUAAUUCGCGAGCUAUUCAUUAUUAUAGCUGUGGCCAGUAUUGACGUAA